CACACGUGUACAAACAAACAACUCCGUGAGAUUAUCACACAGACUGUUCCGACUCAGUUAAAUUUCGUUAUAUGCUACACACUUGACGAAAUCGCCAUGAAAGCCCUCAUCUUGGUCGGCGGCUACGGCACGCGGUUACGACCUUUGACCCUGAGCAAGCCGAAGCCUCUGGUUGAGUUCUGCAACAAGCCUAUGAUGCUUCAUCAAGUCGAGGCUCUAGUCAAGGCAGGGGUCACACACGUCAUCCUGGCGGUGAGCUACCGUGCGGAACUGCUGGAGAAGGCAAUGAGGAAGCAGGAAGAUAAGCUAGGAAUUAAAAUCACCGUAUCCAUAGAGGAGACACCGCUGGGCACCGCGGGACCGCUUGCUCUUGCGCGGGAGCUCCUCACGACCGACUCCGAUCCCUUCUUCGUUCUGAACAGCGACGUCAUAUGCGACUUCCCUUUCGAAGAGAUGCUAGAGUUCCACCGCGGGCACGGCCGACAAGGCACCAUCGUGGUGACAAAAGUGGAGGAACCAUCUAAGUACGGCGUUGUUAUCUACAACGGUGAAUCGGGCAAAAUACAGGAAUUUGUUGAGAAGCCAACAGAGUUUGUGUCAAAUAAAAUCAAUGCUGGACUGUACAUAUUUAGCCCACAGAUGUUGGAUAGAAUAGAGUUAAAACCAACGUCGCUUGAAAAGGAAGUGUUUCCCCACAUGGCCAAAGAGGAAGACUUGUAUGCAUUUGACUUAAAAGGUUUCUGGAUGGACAUUGGUCAACCAAAGGACUUUCUAACCGGCAUGGGCAUGUUUCUCAAGGCGAUACAGCAGAAGAAUGGUGCCAAGCUUUGCCAUGGUCCCAGCAUCGUCGGAAAUGUCCUGGUGGACCCGACGGCGAAGAUCGGCGCUGACUGUCGCAUCGGCCCGAACGUGACGAUAGGUCCCGGCGUCGUCAUUGACGACGGCGUCUGCAUCAAGCGCUCGGUGAUUCUGCAGGACGCGCACAUCCGCUCGCACGCGUGGCUGCAUUCCUGCAUCAUCGGCUGGCGAUCCACCGUCGGACAGUGGGCGCGCAUGGAAGGCGUCACGGUGCUGGGAGAAGAUGUUGAGAUCAAGGACGAGCUGUUUGUCAACGGGGUCAAGGUCCUGCCACACAAGUCCGUCACGGUGUCCGUGCCCCUGCCCGAGAUCAUCAUGUGAUCGCGGCGCCCCCUGUCUCCGCUCUCUGAGGGCGUGUGAUGCCAGCGCCCCCUAUCUUUCGCUCCCCGGGGGCAUGUGAUCGCGGCGACGCCCAUCACCUCGCAGAGAAUGUCAUGUGAUUGUGGCGCCCCCAUCAUGUCCAUCCAGCAGGACAUGAGGAAUGCGAAGGUGGUCGGAAAAUAGGAGGAUCAGGAGGGAGUUGAAAGAGGAGAGAGGAGAUGAAGGUAACAACAAGAGGAGAAAGACAAAUGCAGAGGAAGAAUCAGGCAAAAAGAGGGAGAUGAAUUAUUUGAGUCGCAUCUGCGUUAACGACGAUGGAUGGCCAGUUGAUGGUUGAAGAGACAAUGCAGAUGCGAGGCGGCGAGGCAUGCGCACUGACAGCGACGCACGCUAGAUAUUCGCCAGUACACCACCAGUGUAAAGACUUUUUACUGAUACUCUAUCGAUCGGGGUGAAUGUGAUCACAUGAUUCCUUUUUUACGGCAGCAACGAAAAGAUGUGCAUUUUGUUAACUUGUUGCAUGCCAGUUUUAUUGGGUGGGAUCACUAAUGAAAAAUCGAUAUAUAUUUUGUUUGAUAAACCUUACGAAAUAAUAUAUAAAACAAUCUUCUGCAGCAUUGAGCAGGAAAUCC